AUGUCUAAGAAGUAUGACUCGUUGUGUAUUGAUGAGUAUCUGAGUAGAAAAUUAGCCGAACGAACCAACAUCCUUGAGUGCGCCCAUAAUCAAGAUGUUGAAGACGAGGAGGAAGAGGAAGAGGUUGUUACCAAAUUUGAACAGCCAGAUUCCACGAACUCCCGUACAACCCGCGAUAUUUACGGAGAAAUCGGCAAAAGAGCACCGAAUGAGUUUGAAGAAAUAGGAAAACUCACGACUUUAUCAGUGUAUUUCGCAUGGUUCGUUCUGUUUGUGUUCGCCCAUAUUCGGGAAUGGUGCACAAGACUUGGAAUCAUUCAAGAUUUGUCGAGCAAAGAAAAUGAGAAGAUGAAAGAUUUCGUGCCUCUGUUUAGCGACUUUGAGGCGUUCUACCAACGAAACUGUUACAUCAAAGUGCGGGACGUGUUCGAGAGGCCGAUUUGCAGUGUGCCCGGAGCCACUGUUGAUCUCAUUGACCGUGUAUCACACGAUGGAAACUGGACCUAUGAGUAUCCUGGAACAACUACUAACGUCAUAAAUGUCGGCUCCUACAACUAUCUAGGAUUUGCACAAGCUUCGGGGCCUUGUGCGGAAGCCGCAGCCGAGAGCAUCGAUCGAGAAGGAAUCUCCUGUUGCACAACUGUUCAUGAACGCGGCCGAAGUGUGUCGCAGGCGAAACUCGAAAAACUGGUCGCUGAGUUCCUUGGAGUCGAAGACGCGAUUUGCUUCAGCAUGGGAUUCGCUACGAAUUCGAUGAACGCCCCAUGUUUGGUUGACAAAAACUCCUUGAUUAUCUCGGACAAGCACAAUCACGCUUCUUUAAUUCUUGGAUGCCGACUGUCAGGUGCUUCAACAAGAGUUUUUGAGCAUAAUGAUAUGGAUUCGUUAGAAAAAAUUCUGCGAGAUGCCAUCGCUUACGGAAAUCCGAAAACUCACCGACCUUAUAAGAAGAUCCUCAUAAUUGUGGAAGGUAUUUACUCAAUGGAGGGUUCAAUUUGCAAUCUGCCUGGUAUCAUUGCGCUUAAAAAGAAAUAUAAGGCAAAUUUGUAUCUCGAUGAAGCCCAUUCAAUUGGAGCAAUGGGAAAAACUGGCAAAGGAGUUGUCGAAUAUUGGGGAUGUGAUCCACGAGAUGUCGAUAUUCUUAUGGGCACCUUCACAAAAUCAUUCGGAUCGGCGGGAGGCUACAUUGCCGGAUCGAAAAGAACCAUUGAUCAUUUGCGUGUCGCUUCACCAACUGGCUAUUAUUCUUCGCCAAUGUCACCGCCAAUUGCUCAACAAAUUUAUACAUCAAUGUGUAUUAUAUUAGGAAAAGACGGAACAAAUGAUGGAGCCAAGAGAAUCGAAAGAUUGGCGAGAAAUUCUCAUUAUUUCCGACUCAAAUUGAAACAAAUGGGAUUUAUCGUUUAUGGAAGCAACGAUUCUCCAGUAGUUCCAAUGCUCAUCUACUAUCCAUCGAUGUGCGGAUUUUAUGGUCGUGGUAUGCUUGAACGCAACAUUGGAGCUGUCGUUGUUUCAUUUCCAGCUACUCAUAUGACGGAAGGAAGAGUUCGUUUCUGUAUUUCAGCUGCUCAUUCCAAGGACCAGCUCGAUGAGGUCCUUCGGCAUGUCGACGAUCUAGGAAAUAGAAGUGGGAGUAAAUUCUCUCGAAGAGCUAAUUUAUAUAAAAACAUGAAAGUUGAAUGGUGA